CAGCCACAGCUUUUCUGGGCAACCUGUGCCAGUGUGUUAAGGCAGCUUCUGUAUAUAGUGAAUUCUAAAAUCAGUUGCCAUAAGAAACAAAUUUAGUUGCUGAGAGCCAUGUUUGCAUAGUUGUCUGCAUUUGUUCAUCACCUUCAGCUGCAGUUACAAUUGUGAAGGCACGUUGCAACCCGUAGAAGGCAGAAGUGGUCUGUGGAUCCACGAAAUAGCGCUUGGAGUAAAGAUGAAUCUAAAUUUGGCCAGAAGAUGCUGGAAAAGAUGGGCUGGUCCAAAGGAAAGGGUCUUGGGGCUCAAGAACAAGGAAAUACAGAACAUAUCAAGGUUCAAGUGAAAAACAACACACUGGGGUUAGGAGCAAGCAUCAAUUAUGAGGACAACUGGAUUGCUCAUCAGGAUGACUUCAACCAGCUUCUGGCUGAACUGAAUGAUUGCCAUGGACAGGGUGAAACAGAGUCCUCAGUGAAUAAUCAGAAGAAGACAUUCAGUCUGGAAGAAAAAUCCAAAUCUUCCAAGAAACGUGUCCAUUAUAUGAAGUUUGCAAAAGGUAAGGAUCUGUCUUCGCGCAGUGAAGAUGAUCUGUCCUGCAUAUUUGGGAAGCGACAGAAGAGUUUGAAGGGACAGGAGGAUAUUGCCAGUCCUAAGUCUCAGGAAGAGAAGCAGGGAAACUGCUGUCUAUCCAAGCCUGCAGACGGUUACAAUACAGUGACGAGCGUUCUCACUGUACAGGAAUAUUUUGCCAAGCGCAUGGCAAAACUGAAGGGAUCCCAGAAUGACACAGAAGCAAAGGUAGUCAGUUCCAGCCCAACAGCCAAUGAAGCUUUGGAGCCUUCAGAAGAACUGAAAACCAAAGUAAAACAGAAAAAGCACAAGCAGAAGAGAGAUGAGGCCAAGAGUACAGAUCAUUGUGAGAAACCAAAAGUGAAACAGUCGAAGAUAAGUAGCUUGAAUGACAAGGAACUGGAUGCUCCUUUAAAUGAAUGUCACUCAAGGAAAAAGAAAAGGAAACAUAAAGAGCAGCACGAAGGGGAAAGCAUUAGUUGUGAUGAAAACCUGGGCAAUGGAGAGAUUCAUACAGGAGCUUCUGAUGGGGAAGAUCUAAGUGCAAAGGACUGUGAGGCAUGGCAAAAGAAACACCAUAAAAAGAAACACAAAAGGCAAAAAGAGGAUGCAGAUGAGUGUAUCGAAGGAGCACAGAAAAAGAAAAAGAAGCAUUGCAAGCACAUUUAAGAGUCAAGCUGUGACUCAGGUGAUUUGUACCUUAGCAAGUUAGGGAAAUCUGUGUAAACACACCAGCCAGACACCACUUGUGAUCCAGAGUUGAGCACACUCCUCUACCUCCAGCAGAAACCACAGACUGUGUUUAAAUAUAGCUCUUUCAAGGAAGAACAUGGUAACAAAUCAAUGUGAGCUUCAGUGCCUUAUUAAAAAAGGUAUCCAUGUGUAGGGCCAAGGCUUGCAUGUCUGCAAAGCAAGAC